AUGUUCUCCUCCACGGCUCCCUUGAAUCUAGCGGCGUCGACGGCAGAGGACCGGCGGGGCCAAGGGCCCGGACCGGAGGAGCGCUACAUCCUCACGUGGGGCGCCAAUGCCAACCGACAGUGCCUUUCAGAUGAGGCUCGGGUCAUUCCUUCUCCCAAGCAUGUGCCCUUCCUCCGCCCCCUCCGCUCCUUCUGCGCCGGCUGGGACGGCUCGCUGCUCCUGGACAGUGAGGGCGCCCUGUGGGGCGGCGGCUCCAACCGAGGGCAAUGCCUCUCCGAGGAACUGAGCGACGAGCACGUGCCGCUGUCGCGCCUGGACGUGGCGGAGCUCGACGCGGUGCCCUUCGAGGCCGCCGACAUGGGUCGUGACCACAUCAUGGCCAUCCUGGAAGGCGGCCGGGCCGUGAUUUCUUGGGGCCCUUCCAAUGAGUUCGGCCAGAUCGGCCACGGCUUGCCCUACCGCUCGCGCGUGCGGCCGGGGGUGGUCCACCUUGGUGGAGUCUUGGUGAAGCAGGUGGCCUGUGGCGAACAUCACUCGCUGGUGCUCACGGCGCACGGUGAAGUGUACUCCUUCGGUUGCAACCUGCAUGGUGCGCUGGGCUCCGGCCGUUGUGGUUCCCAGGAACAGGCCGAACGCGUGCUAGGGAACCACCUCCGGAGUAUGCCGGUGCGUGGCAUCGCGGCGGGGCCACAGAGCUCGAUGGCGCUUUCCAUCGGCGGUCAUGUCUUCUGCUGGGGAUGCAAUAGCCGGGGUCGUUUAGGCCUGGGGCCUGCCUAUGAUCAGGAGCCCACUGUCUUAGCGCCCGUGAGCGUCCCCACCUUGCCCGGCGUGGCACGUGCCAUCGCGGCGGGGGGGCAGCAUUCGGCGGUGAUCCUACGGCGAGGGAGGCUCUUCCUGGCGGGUGACAACCGCUCAGGGCAGCUUGGGCAGUCGAGGAAGGAUGUAGAUUGGACCAGCACCUUCUUCGAGCUUCCCUUCCAAGAUUACAUGCUGCGAGUUCGAACCGUUGCCUUAGGCAAGAAGCACACGUUGAUCCUCUCCUAUGACGGCGAGCUCUAUGCGUGUGGUUGUAAUGCUGAAGGACAGCUGGGCAGUCGCGCGUCGAGUUCCGACGGAACUCCGGUGGAUGUGCCGACUCGAGUGAAGCUGGAGGUGGAGGGGACAUCGGACAAAGAUUGCAUGGUGGUGGGCUUGUCCUCCUGCCAUGAUCACACAGUGGCUAUGGUCAUUUCGAUGCCCAAGAUCAUCGAGGAGACCAAGAUGAUUCAGGGCAGGCCACAAACUUCCGCCUCCACCCGCGAUGGUCGCCGCUGGAACGGCGACGCGGCCGCCCACCAACCCUUGGACGCGGCGGCAGCGGCGCGCGCCAACCGUGCAGCGAUGUUCAUCAAGACGAUGAACACCAUCCAUGAGGAGCUCCCCCCUGCGCAGCCUCCGGACGCCUCGCCCGACCUCUCGAUGCCGCCACGGCCCUCCACGGGGCAGCGGCACUCAGAGGUCCUAACCUCCGGCUGCACCAGCCGCGUGGGUCGUUCCCCCCGCGGUCGCAUCUCCGUGGCGCUCCCGCGUCUCCGCCGGACGGGCGCUUCCGGAGGUGAUGAAGGACUCUUGGAAGAGGUGGUUCUCCUCCAGCCAGUGGUGCAGCCGGGCGUGGCCGCGUCGGUGGGUUUUGCCAGUCUUUCUGUGGCCAAGUUGUUGGAUCUCAUCCAAGCAGCACAAGGUGGUCCAGGUGCCAUGGAGGACCUUCGCAGUUCCCUCUCGGCGGCCUUCUCGAGCCCAUCGUUGCUGAACGCCUCCUUUUGCUUUCCAGGCUUGUACAAGCCUCGCUUGGAUGCUGGAGGUUUGCUGAAAGUCUUCAAGGGCUUGAUUGGAAGUGAAGAGCUCUUCGCGCAAGUGGAGAUGCACAUGGUGAAUGCCGCCUUUGAGGGCUUGAGCUUGUGGGCCAACGACCACGAUGAGGCGGCAUCGUUGAUCCAUCGAGACCAACUCCGGGGGCUGGCGGCCUUGCUGCUGUCCCCAGUCUUGGUGGAUCCGGGGAAGCCGCAACCCUACGAGGUCAUGUGCCGCAUUAUGCGCUUAGUGGCCUGGAUGCCGGCGGAGGGCCGCCGCGAGUUGCAGGAACUCCUCAUUGACGACUGCUCCGAAGAGGAGGUGCUCCGGAGCUUGGUGAGCCGCGUGCGUUUGCACUGCGACGAGACGGUGCUGCGGGCGCACCAGAUGCAGCGGCUAUCGCCUGAGAUCUGGGAGGGGCUCAUGCUGCUUCAGCUCCUUUGGGGCACGAACGAGGCGAUUGCCCAGCGCUUGGCCAAGUCACUGCGGUCCUCGGAAUGGCCUGAGGCGGACUUUGGACAAAGCUUGGCACAAACGUUGUCGCAGCUCGGGAAGCCGGCCGCCAGCGUGUUGGGGCGCUUCACUUUGGCGCCACAGGUGCGGCCGCCAGUGCCCAGUUCAGAGUUUCACUUGCAGAGCUUGGCGGAGGAGAAGGUACCUCCAGAGUUGGAGUUCCGACUCUUCGUGGAGAACGCCUGCGCGGGGCCCAUCACUCCCUCCGAGGUGCUGGAGCUUCCUCUCUAUGCAGCCCGGACGGACUAUGGCUUCGAGUAUGUCUUGCCCAGCAAGAUGCGGAGCUUUAUGGCCAAUCGCAAUCUGGUGCCGGUCUCAUACACCAGGAAGGUCCUGCAGGUGGAGAAUCAUCACGCACAGGUCUACUUGCAGCACCAGGUGGCGCGUCGCGUGGCCGCCGAUCUGGAGGUGCUGCCGGGGCAUGAGAUUCACAUCGAUCCGGCGCUGCUCUUCUUCAUCUUGAAGGUCCACCGCGAUCGGAUCUUGGAGGACACCACGGCGGCCCUGCAGAAAGCCACUCCCGAGGACCUCCGACGGCAGCUGAAAGUGGUCUUCGAAGGCGAGCAGGGGGUCGACGAGGGCGGCUUGGCGCGGGAGUUCUUUCGACUCUUGAGCGCUCACGUCUUUACCGUGGAGGGCGGUUUGUUUGACCCCUUGGUGGCGCAGAAUGCCCGGGUGCUUUGGUUCAACUCGGCCUCAGUCCGGGAGUCGACGGAGUUCUGGCUGGCGGGCGUGAUUCUAGGUCUGGUGGUUUACAACAACAUGCCCGGCCUGGACGUGCGUUUUCCACCGGUGGUCUUCAAGAAGAUCAAGAAUGAACCGUUGGUGCUGGAAGAUCUUCGCCAGGUCCACCCUGAUACGUAUUUGUCCUUGAGGUCCUUGCUCUCUUGGGAGCCUGAGGAAGAGCUCGAUGAGGAGGAGCGGAAUGCCAUCUUCGAGAACACCUUCUGCUUGGAUUUUGUGGUGACCUACGAGAUGAACGGCGCCACCGAGACUCGAGAGCUUUGCGAAGGAGGAAAAGAUCGGGUGGUCAGCUACAAGAACCGAGAAGAGUUCGUCCGGCUCUACUGCGAGUGGCUCUUGACUCAAAGCGUGGAGCGGCAGUUCGAACCCUUCCGCAAGGGCGUGCGACGGGUCUGCGACUCGCCGCUCUUCAACGCGCUGCACAGUGCAGAGCUGGAGCUCAUCGUAUGUGGCGAGCAGGCGCUGGACUUCGCCCAGCUGCGCAAGAAUGCCCAUUACGACGGCUACCAGGAAGAUUCCAGCUACAUCGAUUCCUUCUGGAAGUUGCUCAUGAACUUUGACCUAGUUCAGAAGAAGCGUUUCUUGUCCUUCGUCACGGGCAGCGACUUAGCGCCGGUGGGCGGUCUACAGGAGUUGCAGCUGGUGAUCCAGCGCAACGGCGAUGAGCCCACAGAGCGCUUGCCCACAGCCCACACCUGCUUCAACCUCCUGCUGCUCCCGGAGUACGGCGACAGCUCCAAGUUGGAACGGAUGAUCGUCACGGCCAUGCACAACGCCGAGGGCUUCGGCUUGGAAUGA